AUGCCUCUCUCAGGUGUCUUCUUCAUCCCCUCAAACCCAAACGCCGCCACAGCCCUAGGCACGGUAACAGAGCGCUUAACCUCCCUCUUCGCCGACGAGGCCACGCCCGUCUCACGAUGGGCCUUGGAGCACAAACUAAUGCGCGACACGCCCUCCUGUCUACCUCCCUCGGGGACCCAACGCCCAGCAUUUCCGAAAUUCAUGCAGUUCCUCUCUCUAACAUACUACCCCAACCACGGAUUCAUCUACACUUCCCAGCAGUCAGAUAAUGCUGGUACUGCACCAGACACGGCAGCUGCUACGCCAUCCAGCUCACAGUCCACACAGGCGACGCCUGCCACAACGCCAAUGGUCAUGACGACGGUCCCGCUCUCAUCAACCGGCGCACUCUAUCAACAUUUCUCAUACGCCUGUCAACCUUUUUGGUGCCACAGGCACACGGUCACGGUGCCAAACGGGGUGGUCUACGAAAUCGGUGACUUCAGAGUCCGUGUUGGCGAUGUGCGGCAGACUCAACCUGCUGUACGGAUGCGAGGGACAGUCGUGGAGAUCGAAUGGCGGGGCCCCUCGCUGUCUACCACGCUCUCGGGCUUGUACCAGUCCCAAAGACAGAAGAAGGCAGCAGCGCACAAUCCGUAUACAUGGGGCAACGGCGACGAGGAUGACGAUGAUUCCGGCAUUGAUAUGGCGUUCCCUGAUAGCGUGGAAGAGGCGGAUAUCGAGGCCGAGUAUGCGGCUACUACGUCUCUGAUCAGGGAGUUUUGGGCCAAGCUGGGGAUUGAGGGGGCGAGGGAGGCUAUCCUUGUACCGGAUGUGGGGAAGGAGGUCAAGGAGCGGUUGCGGAAAUUGAAGCAGCAGGGCAAGCAGGGUGUGGACAGGGUCGGACAAGAUUCGAGUGGGCCGCAAUUGGACGAAGACCCUGAUCCGGAUGCUGGUGUGGAUGUGGCAAGACAGUUUAUGGAGAUCUUUAGAUUUAACCGAUGA